GGGAGGGGGUUGGGAGCUGUGGGGGCCAGACUAACCCAAGCCCUCCGGCUGGACUGGCCGCCAUGGGCCUGAGGCUGCUCCCACUGUUGCUGCUCUGGACACAGGGGACCCGGGGGUCCAAGCUGGACCCCAAUGGGCAGCAUGUCUGCAUGGCCAGCAGCCCCUCUGCUGAGCUCCAGUGCUGCCCUGGCUGGAGGCAGAAAGAUCAAGAAUGCACUAUCCCUAUCUGUGAGGGGCUAGAUGCCUGCCGGGAAGAUGAAGUAUGUGUGAAACCAGGCCUCUGUCGAUGCAAACCUGGAUUCUUCGGGGCCCAGUGCAAUUCCCGCUGCCCGGGCCAGUACUGGGGCCCCGAUUGCCGUGAGAUCUGUGCCUGCCACCCACACGGCCAGUGCGAGCCGGCCACGGGCGUGUGCCACUGCCAAGCGGACCGCUGGGGCGGCCGUUGCGAGUUCGCGUGCGCCUGCGGCCCCCACGGGCGUUGCGACCCCGCGACGGGCGCGUGCCGCUGCGAGUCUGGCUGGUGGUCGUCCACUUGCCGCCGUCCGUGCCAGUGCAACCCGGCGGCGGCGCGCUGCGAUCAAACGGACGGCUCCUGCCGUUGCGAGCCGGGCUGUCCUUCUCUUCCCAGCUGUGGCCACUGCAAGCAGAAGGAGCCAUGCUCUGCAGACACAGGCAGCUGUGAGUCCUGCGAGCCAGGCUGGAAUGGAACCCAGUGCCACCAGCCCUGCCCAGCUGGCACCUUUGGCGAGAGCUGCAGGCAGCUGUGCCCCCACUGCCGGCUUGGGGAGGCCUGUCAGCCAGACACUGGGCACUGUCAGCGCUGUGACCCUGGGUGGCUGGGGCCUAGGUGUGAAGACCCCUGCCCGCCCGGCACAUUUGGGGAGGGCUGUAGCUCCGCCUGCCCCACCUGUGUUCAGGGGACCUGCGAUGCUGUGACUGGGGAAUGUGUCUGCAACGCUGGCUACUGGGGGCCCAGCUGCAACACUUCAUGCCCAUCUGGCUUCCAUGGCAACAACUGUUCUGUUCCCUGUGAAUGCCCAGAGGGACCCUGCAACCCUGUCUCUGGGGCCUGCCAGUUGGGGCCUCACGGCCAGGAUGCAGCCCUCAUCGCAGGCGUCCUCGGGCCUCUGCUGCUGCUCCUCCUGGGUAUCAUCCUCUGCGCCUGCUGCUGCUGGGCCGCCCGGUCGGACCCCAAGGACAGGCCAGCAAGGGACGGAGCAGCUGUGUCCAGGGUGAAGCUGCAGGUCUGGGGGGCACUGAGCAGCCUGGGCUCGGCGCUCCCCUGUGGUUCCUUCAGCAGCCACAAGCUUCCCUGGGUGACAGUCUCGCACCACGACCCGGAGAUCCCCUUCAACCACAGUUUCAUCGAGCCGCCCUCGGCGGGCUGGGCCUCGGACGACUCCUUCUCUUCUGAUCCCGAGUCUGGAGAGGACGAGAGCCCUGCCUACUGCGUGCCACCCCAAGAAGGGAUGGUCACUGUGGCCCACGGAGAGUUUCCAGAGGCCAGCGUGGCUGGAGGUCCCGUCCCUCCCCCUGAGGACGCCUCCACACCAUUUCCCAUCCCGCGCACUUCCAGCCUUGCACGGGCCAAGCGGCCAUCGGUCUCCUUUGCUGAAGGCACCAAGUUUGCACCACAGAGUCGCCGAAGCUCAGGGGAGAUCUCCAGUCCUCUCCGAAAGCCCAAGAGGCUCUCCAGGGGGGCCCAGCUGGGUCCUGAGAGCCAGGAGGCUGAGGAGUCCACGGGCUCAGAGAAAGCAGAAAUGGAUGAGACCCUUCCUGGUGCUGCCAGCCCUAGGGAUUCAGCCACUGGCCGCCGCCGACUUCCCCUUGGUGGCCGGACAGUGGCUGAGCGUGUAGAAGCCAUUGAGGGCAGUGUCUUGGAGGGCUCUGGCUCUGUGACCACAAUCUACAUGCUUGCCGGGACACCCCAGUCAUCUGAGGGCCCCGUCCGCUCUGUUCUUCGCCGUUUUGGUAGCUUCCAGAAAGGCCAGGCAGAGCCCAAGGUCAAGAGUGCCAUCCCUAAGCCUCCACGCAGGGCCCUAAGUCGAAAUAAGGGCAUCCCUGGGCUGGCCUCUGGCUCUGCCAGUCAGAGCCCCAGCUUAUCCCCCAGUGAUGAACUCACUAGGCCCUUGGAGUCUGCAGGAACUGGGCCAGAGGAAGUGGCCAGGGGGCUAGGGAUUGGCACCAAGAGCUCAGGGAGGGCCCAGGAGCUCGCCCCUGAGGGUGGCCCCCAAGAACAGGAUCCCCAGAAGCUGGCUGAUGAGGAAGGGCAGGAGGAGCCCCAGUAUGAGAAUGUUGUACCCAUCUCUGGGUCACCAGCACCCUGAGAACCUUGAAUUUGCAGAGUGGGAAGACUAUGGAUGGGGGGUCGGCGUCUGAACUGCCCCUGGAUCAGAUUGUGUUUUGCUGGAAAAAGAUCUCAGGGCCAGGAAAGACAGACCAGAACCUCUGCCCUUUCAUGGGGAAACGUCAGGGUUGGAGGCCAAUUGGCUCUGGGCCCUGGCAGUGCUCUGGGAGUGGUUUGGAAGGCCUGGGCAGAGACCCCAUAGGGUGGGGUCAGGAAGGGGAAAGAGAUGACUGCAGGGACUUUUUCUCUGUUGUCCUGGACUCUGCCCCCAAAAGCUAUUCUUUUCUUCAUUUUCUGAAAUGUGAAACAAUGUAAAUGUUUGAUGAUAAAAGAUUGGUUAAAGAAAAAUUGCUUAUGAUAGGUUCCUAAGCAACCAUGAAAAAUCAUGUUGUGUAAGAAUAUUUAAUAUGGGAGAUAUGGGAGACUGUUUAUGCUAUACUGUUAAGUGUAAAAAGUAAAGUUUCUCUUUAUAAAUUUAAUUUCCUUCUGCUUCAGGCUACAUGUUUAGAAUCCUUCCACUUUGUAUUUUGUGAUUGUUUUGCAAACUUUUUUUUUUUUUUUUUUGUAAAGGAUAUAUGUGCAUAAAAAAGAUUUGUGGGAAAGGCAUCAAAUGACUUUUUUUUUUUUUUCCUGGGAGAUGAGAUUGUGGCUGAUAUUUAUUUUCUUCUUAAACUUUCGUAUUAUUUGUAAAUUUUCUUUAAGUGAACAUUCUUUUUACUUUUCUCACUAGGUUUAAUUUUUUAAAAAAUUAUAAAAAACAAUGUCCUUUGUUAAAAAAUUAAAAAGUACUAACAUUACAGACAUGUAUAAAGUAUUUGCCUUUUCCUCAGAGGAGCCUGAGGGACAGGGGAGGGACCAGACUUACUUGUCACUGAAUGUCUUUUGGUCUUGUUGGAUUCUUUUCUCACAUACUUGAAUUACCUGGUCAGGACAGAAACAGCAGCUCCCCUUCUCUCCCAAUGCUCAGAGAAUCUUGCAGUUUAGAUCCUUCCUUCCAGAUGUUUCUCUGGUCACAUGAAAACAAAAGAUCAUGUUGUUGAACAAUUUGCUUUUUUACUUAACAAUAUAUCCUGGCUAUGUUUUAAUGUCAGUAAAUAUAAAGCUACCUCUUUUUAUAAAAACGGCUGCAUGGAAUUCCAUCGUGUGGAAAAAGCAGAGGUUAUUUAAACCGUCCCCUACCCGUGGAGAUUUGGGUUGUUUCUAAUCGUUUUGAUACAAUAUAUGAUGCAAUGUACUACUUUGUCCAUAUUUCUUUUGCACGGUGCACGUUUUUCUGUAGAAGAGAUUCCUAGAAGUGGAAUUGCUGGGUAAUAGAAGACAUUAAAUAUUUGGGUACUUACUUCAGAUUGUCCUCCAAAAAAUUUACAUGGUUUUGUGUUCUCACAAAUGAUGACAAGAUCUAUUUUUCCACACCCAGUCUGAUAGGUUGAAAUGGUAUCUUAUUAUUUUAGCGCAAUAAAAAUAAUAAAGUGAUAACAUGCUAAAGCUUCUUAAAAAGUUAAAAUCUUUGUACAGUUAAAAGGUUUUUUUGCUUUUGUUUUUUAACCAUCA